UCUCAAAAACUCAACGUAAGAUAUCACGCAAGACUGAGAAGGGAGGGAAUUUGCUCACCCUUACCCAGACUGCAUUAAAUAACUAUGAAUCCCUUACCGCGCGAGUCCGAUUUCAACUCUACACAAUUUGGCUAUUUCCUUACGAACAGAUCUAUGACGUCGUAUUGCCCUGCACAGUAUUCGCCGUAAGUACCGCGCUCGCAGGCCACCACCUAGGUCUACAGCAUCAGUCUCCGCUUCGGGUGCUUGUACGCACGCCACUCGUUCUGCUAUGGAUGUGGCUCUUGACUCUCCAGUUCUGUAUACAAAACCAACGACACCCGUCCUCUGCCGAAGAAGACGCCAAAAACAAGCCAUGGAGACCGAUAUCAUCUGGAAGAAUCACUCCCUCGACAGCCACCGAUCUGUUGACGGUGGUGUUCCUAGUAACGAGCCUCAUCAGCUAUUCGUUGGGAGUGUUCCCACAUUACGCUGUCUUCACAUACCUUGCUGUAUACCAUAACGAUUUUGGAGGUAGUGAUGCUCACGGCGUUAUCAGAAACGCGUUGAACGCAGCUGGAUUUGUAUGCUUCUUUUCUGGCGCUUUGAAGGUUGUGAUUGGAGCUGGAAACCCACUGAGCCCAAUGGUACAUCAGUGGAUUGGCUUUUUUGCUUUGGCCUUGUUGACUACUAUCCAUGCCCAGGACUUUCGGGAUGUCGAAGGUGAUGAGUUGAGAGAGCGAUCUACCAUUACCACGUUGGUGGGUGAAUCAAGCGCUCGCUGGAUUCUUUCAGUGAUGACGGUCUUCUGGUCGCUUUUCUUGCCACGUUGGAUUGGAGUUGAAUUUUGCGGGGGGACAAUAGUAGCGGGGUCGGGUUGCUCUGUUGCGCUCAUGACUGUGAAGGGUUUGGGGCAGCGGAAUGCGUGGCUGGAUAGUGUCAUGUAUCGGGCUUAUAAUGUCUGGUUGUUAGGACUGUGUCUGCUUCCAUUAGGUUUGCUGACUUGA